AUGAAGAAGAGUUCUAAGGUGGCAGAUGAGAACAUGUAUGAAGGAGGAGAAAGGGGGGUUGAAGUAGCAAUAUUUGGAGGUGAAAGAGGAAGAAGACAACAUGGGUGGAGUGUUAUUUAUGCUAUUCUUCAAGCUCCAAUUUCAAUACUAUCAUGUGUUUCUAAUCCUCGAGUUAAUGGUUCUGAUGGAGUUUGGACUUCUAGUGAAUUUGCACAAAUUUCUGAGAUCAAUCAUAUUAUGGUCGAGAGCCCCUUUCAAAAUGGGCUAGUUUGGGUCAGACAAUCUCAUGAUCCGCCGAGUCAUGCACCGCCCAAAUUAUCCUUUCAACUUUACGUUGCUCUGGGCCGAUUGGGUUUUGGGUUGGUCUCUUCUAGGGCCCAAUUAAACUUAUCUAAGUCCAUGGCCCUCAAGCACGAGUUUUGGAAAGGUCAAAGUGACUUAAGAUGGGUAGAAGACAAUCUCUUUCUAGUUGGGAAUCAGAGAAACAAGUCUCAUAUAAUAGGCUUAGGGAGGGGGAAGUACCUUAAGCAAGGCUUAUGGGUGACUUCCUCAAGUGUGAUUGGGGCUAGUUCCUCAAGCAAGGAUUGGAAGGCGAGUCCCUCAAGCGUGAUUGAGGUGAGUCCCUCAAGCAAGGCUCGUGGGGGCGACUUCCUCAAUAUAAGAUUAGAGAUGAGUGUUGUAACCCCCUUCUAA